AUGAACGCGCUCUACUUCGGAGUCGAGGAGGUGCCUUCGCCGACAACAUCAGGCAAGGCACCACGUGCGUACAUCUACCAGGACACAGCUGGGGCCACCGUGAAAAAGCACUUCCUUACGCUGGUCUGGCAGGAAGAGUGGACUCAGAAUCCCUUUGCUCGCCACAAGUACAUCAAAGGCAAGAUCGUUUACCAACGAAGCCCGGAGGACAUCGAGUUCUUCACAAAGGCCUACACCAUCAUGGAUGGUAGGAUGAUGCUCUCCGAGAUAGAGGACAGCCGACUCUUGUGA